ACUGAAUGAACUAGUUUCCCCUCCAUCGGUAAAACAGAGUAAGGGAAAGUCAAACAGAGUGAAAGGAGAAUGGGCCAUGGAAUUUCAAAGGAUGAGAAUGACGAUUCCUCUUCUUCUGAGUCCAAAUCCUCGCGCAUCUCUCGAUUGAAGCAGAAACUGCAUCUCCAUAGCGGUCACCAACAUCACAAACACGGCAGUACCUCCUUAUCUCGCAAACUCCAUGCCGCCGAGGAUUUCACCGGCAUUGCUUUCCUUACUCUUAUCGGCGCUGAGAUGAAGUUUAAGGACAAAUGGUUGGCAUGCGUUUCAUUCGGAGAGCAGACGUUUCGCACCAACAUCACCGAUCAAACAGAAAAACCCAUCUGGAAGUGUGAAACAAAACUUCUUUUGGAAAAAAAUGGACCUCGUGUUGCUAGGAUCUCAGUGUUUGAGACCAAUAGAUUGUUGAAGAAUAAUCUCAUUGGUUAUUGUGAGAUAGAUCUACUUGACUUUCUAGCACAGGAUUCAGACUCUGGGUUUGAGAUAUUUGACCUGUUAGAUCCUUCAUCUGCUGACAAAGUUGUUGGUCAUAUUCAUCUUUCAUGUUCUAUUGAGGAUCCAAUGGAAACUGAGAAAGGUUUUGCAAGACGAAUCUUAUCAAUUGUGGAUUAUGAUGGAGAUGGAAAUCUAACGUACUCUGAGUUUUCUGACUUAAUUGAUGUUUUUGGAAAUAGUGCGGCAGUGAGCAAGAAAAAAGAGCUUUUUGAAGCUGCUGACAGAAAUAGGGAUGGUGUUGUGAGCAUGGAUGAGUUGGCUUUACUUCUCGCUCUUCAACAAGAAAAAGAACCCAUUAUGAACUGCUGUCCUGUCUGUGGCGAGAUUCUUGAAGUUUCUGAUAAGCUGAAUACCAUGAUUCACUUGACUCUAUGUUUUGAUGAAGGAACUGGUAACCAGGUCAUGAGAGGAGGGUUCUUGACUGAGAAGGAGGCUUCAUAUGGGUGGAUUUUCAAACUGAGUGAGUGGGCCCAUUUUUCAUCUUAUGAUGUUGGUUUGAACUCUGGGUCAAGUGCAUCACAUAUUCUGGUAUUCGAUCGGAAGAAGAAAAGGUUAGUAGAAGAGCUAAUUGAUGGAAAAAUUGUUCUAUCAAUGAGGGCCAUUUAUCAAUCAAAAUUAGGGCUUGGCCUAAUGGAUAAAGGGGCAAAGGAACUCUUGGAAAACAUCUCUGAAAGACAAGGAAAGCAAAUGAAUUCGGUGGAAUCUGCUAAAGACAUACCAAAAUUUGUUGAAUUCUUCAAGGAUCAAAUAAAUUUGGCUGAAGUCAAGUAUCCUUUGGAGCAUUUCAAGACAUUUAAUGAGUUUUUCAUAAGAGAGCUGAAGCCCCAUGCUAGACCAAUUGCCUCCAUAGAACAUGAAGAUGUUGCCAUAUGUGCUGCUGACAGCCGUUUGAUGGCAUUUAAAUCCGCACAAGAUGGUCAAAGAUUUUGGAUCAAGGGUCGAAAGUUCUCAAUUCAAGGCCUUUUGGGGAAUGAAAUCUCUUCAACAGCUUUUGUUGAUGGAACUUUGGUGAUAUUUCGGUUGGCCCCACAGGAUUAUCACAGGUUCCAUUUUCCUGUUUCUGGAACCAUUGAGAGUUUUGUGCAUAUUCCUGGAUGCUUAUACACAGUUAAUCCUAUUGCUGUCAAUAGCAAGUAUUGUAAUGUUUUUACGGAGAACAAACGAGUUGUGUCAAUUAUUUCCUCUGCUGAUUUUGGAAAGAUAGCAUUUAUUGCAAUUGGAGCUACUAUGGUUGGUAGCAUUACAUUCCUAAAGAAGGAGGGUGACAAUGUGAGAAAGGGAGAUGAGUUUGGUUAUUUCUCCUUUGGUGGAAGCACAGUAAUUUGCAUCUUUGAAAAGGAUGCAAUUCAGAUAGAUGAGGAUCUCCUAGAAAAUAGUUGCAGAUCACUUGAGACUCUAGUUUCUGUUGGAAUGAGUUUGGGUGUCUCCACAAAGAAACGAGACGAAGCUGCGUUGCCAAACUUGGACAAUUGUGUUUUGGCUGAAUGAUAUUUAUGCUCGGACUAUUAGAUGACUUGUUGCCAAUAUUUGUCAGAUUUCUCGUGAUUAUUACUAUAACCUUGAACUUGCAGUAUAUUUCAUGUUGUAUAUGGUUUAUAAGACCAGUGGAAUUAUUUCUUGUAGCAACAAUUGUUGUCAAAUCUAGACAAUUAUUUGGUAAUUAGGAAAAGAGAUGCAUCCUGUUGUACUCUAUUUGAUUAUGAUGAUAACAAAACGUUGAAAAGUAA